CGGAAUCCGUCAGUUUGAUUUCAGCCGUCGUUCGUUUCGUGUGGCCAUUGUAGUGGAGCACUGAAGGAAAACCCAAAAAAAAACUCCACUGUUUCAGUAUUUAUAUUGCUGCUGCUAUCGGUGGCACAGUGCACCGGGAUCGGUGUUUGUUGAGUUGAGUUGAGUUGAGUUGGGAGAAGUGGUGCCGAAGGAAAAGUUUUUGAAUUGUGCGCUCCGUUUGUCGAACGUGGUGUGUGGCUCAACAAAGAUAACUAGUGGUACACUAUUCGAAUAGCUGAACGCAGGCGAAGAGCAGCUGUCCUGUCUAGUGGAUCGUUGGCGAUUACUGGCUCCUUUCCGAUUGCUGUUCGGUUGGCGUUGCUCUGGUGAGGAUUUUCCGGCUCAGACGUAUUACAAGCGAUAACGUCUGGCCGUGGUCAGAAGCUGGAAGCGUGAAAGGAAAAAAACCAAGAGUGCCAAGGAAAAAAAUACUAAUGUUUGACAUGCAAAGUGAAGCGUACAAGUGGAAAAAAGUGCUAGCAUCUCGUGCUGUACCGCGACUGGUACGCUAGGAUUAGCUUUCCGCUGUCGACCGUCAGAGCACUGUAAUGAUUUUCGUAGUGAUUGUUUCCAAUUUUUUUGUUUGCAAAUAUUAAGUGUUGAACGGCUAGACCACGACGUUUUUAUUUGAAUUUUGAUUCCAACGUAGGUAACUGUACCGAGGAUAGCAGUCCACGUUUUUCUCAACAGUGCUAUUUGGGAGAAGUGUGGCAAAGGUACCUGAAGCUGGCCUCGUUCAAGUGGUGCUUGCAGUGCGGCAGAAGGUUGAAUAGCUUCACUUAAAAUUAAAUGAUUGGGUGCAAACGUGCCGGUGUGUUUGAAGUCGGAAGUGUGAAAAUUUUCAAUUUAUUUCAAGAGAAAAAACAAAUUGGAAUUCAUACUGUCGUUGCCGGGUCCUUAAUGUUUGUGUGGUGAAAAAGAGAAAAUUUCUCGUUUUACCGUUGUAGGUGUUUCACACUAGAAGUGUUUUACGCUCGCCGGAACUACGAACAACAAACAGAAAGGAUGGAAUUAAGGAUUAUCUCAGUGAUCGGAUUUUUUGCGAUAAUAACUGCCGUUUAUUGUGUUCCCAUGAAAUAUGAAAUCGGCUACCGGAACAGUAUCGAUCUGGAUGCGGAGCAAACCGAAGCCCGAUACGACCAGGGUUUGCUGUCGGAUAUCAUGAACGAUGACCGGGUGGAAAUGCAAAAGGCCGAAAGCUGUGUGGCGGACAAUUUCAAAUAUGACCACGGACAGAAGAUUCUACGAUAUGAUCCUUGUGAAAUCUGUCUCUGCAUCGAUGGGGAGAUCUUCUGCUGGUGGAAACAGUGUGACUCGCCAGAUUUGCACGAAACACGACUUUCAGCUCAAUCAACCACUCAGCCGGCAGUGGUACGACAGCUGGCACAACUAUCGGCCACUUCGCUGGUGGAGAGUUCAUCCCCUUCAACAACAACAACGACAACAGCAUCAGCAGCAGCAAUAACGACAUCGCCCGCAUCGUGCAUCACCAGCGAUGUGACUAGUUCAUCAACUUCACCCCCGGACCUUUCACUCACUACAGCUGACACAGCAGUUGCUGCAGCAGCAGCAGCAGCUUCCGACCAGCUGGAUAUCGAUAUGCGAAUAUUGCAUCCUGGCCCACCGGAAAACAUACCCCAGAAUAUCCUGUCAUUCCCGCAGACGCCACCGAUUAUGAUGUAUAGGCCAACGAUUGGAAAAAAUGGAACCAAUUCGGAUGCGUCCCCCGUCAAUCGGAACAAACACAAGGGGCCGCCGAAAAAAGUCAAACCACUUCAUCUGAAUGAUGGAGUAGGAUUUGAUGGGAAUGGCGAAAAAAAGACUCAUCGGAAGUCGAACGGCAAAGGUUAUUUGGCCGCCAGCCACGGUCACAUCGAACGGGGUCUGGCAGGACAAGUGCGCGGUGUAACCGAGAGAAUCGAUGCCAAUAAUCUGCUCGUUUUGAAUUAUGGGGGUCAUAGCUCAGAGGAGAAUCGAUCCGAUGGCAGGUUCACGGAACAAACGGGCGGCAUUAACGGGAAUGGUGCAGAUGAUGAUGACGAUGACGAUGAUGAUGAUGAUGAUGAUGAGGAUGUGGAUGAGAGUGAUGAAUCAGAAGAAAGGCACGACAGUAGUGGCUCUUUUCGAAACCGCCAGGAUACAAGUGGUGGCACAUUCGGUGGUUAUGGUUAUGGUAUGAUCAAAGAACCGGAAGAGGACAAACAACAGCACUACAUCAUCACAUCGUCCGGCCACGUCGAAAUGUUUGACGACACCAAUAUGGAGGCAACGGAAAAUGUCUUCGGAAUGAAUCGAUUUAGCUCGCAGCAACAGCAAUCGGUAGAAUUUUCAUCCAGUUCUACCGGGCAGCCGCCUGCUAUGGCACUCGAUGACUCGUUAAAUGAUCACAUCCAGCCACAGGUCACAAGUUCAUCAAUCCGAGAUAACGACGAACAAAGCAAACCAAUACCACCCUUGAUAUCACUGACAACGAAUGUGACAAAACACUCAACAAACUCAAAUCGACUGUCGGUCGCGAUUUCAAGCUUAGUUGGGGGUGAUGUCCCUUCGCUGGCAAGUUACGUGCCGCAAGCUUCCCGGUCCAUUAUUGAUGUGCUCAAUUCAACGGUGGACGGUGAUUAUCUGGACGAUAACCAGACGGAAUUUAUCUACCCCGCCGUACCUGGUUUGACCGGCGAUAAUAGUGGUAGUGGUCUGGCUAGAGCAGAAGGUGGGCGAAGAUUGAAAACAACGACCAGUACUAUACUCCCACCCACCGAGAGCGGAACCGUCGUGGAAGGAAGGAGAGUGAUGGAGCAGCAUUGCGUUGUAAUGGGCGUUUCGUACAAAGUGGGCUCGGUGCUGCAACAGGAAACUGGGAACUGUCUGCACUGUGUCUGCGUGGCAGGACCCGAAAAUGAUCCGGUGCCACGAGUGACCUGCACGCCGCUGAACUGUCCACCGUUGAUACUUCCGGAUAUACUGGAUGGUGCCGGGUUCUAAAAGCUGCCGAUAUUCGCUCGUUAAACCGA